AUGGCGCCCGGGGGAGAGGACGAUGUGCGAGUAAAGAGAGCUCUGAGAAGAACCCAGGAGGCGCUUGAGGCAGCAUCUCUAGAGCUUGCGGCCUUGAAGGAGCAGCACAAGAAGGAAAAGAUGAAAUGCCUGCAGCUUGAGCUCUCCCUGCAGGAGGAAAGGAGGCUACGGCAAGGAGCGGUACACGACGCAACCUCUGUCGCUCAGUUUGAGGCAAGGAUGGCCAAGGCCAUGGAAGAGGAGCUGGCAGACAUUCGGAGAAGAGAGCAAGAACUCAGGGCUGAGCUGAACCGUGUGCAAGCAGCUAGUGAGGUGGCAAAGUUCGAGAGGCUGCCUCAUGAUUGGCCAACCGUCAAGGCUUUGUGGCUGGGGGUGGAGCAGAAGAAAGAACAGUUCAACUCCAGAGAGCGACUGUACGCCUCACUGCUCGAAAAUUUUAAGAGACAAACAGAGAUCCUCAAGCAAGAGAUCCGGAUAUCUAGGCUGGACCUGAUGGACAUCAUAGAGUCUGUUCAUGCAUGGCACCAAGAAAACAUUCAAAGGGAGAACACCUACAUCUCGAACAUUCUUAAGCUCGAAGAUCGACAUGUGCUCUUGCAAAACGAAAUACACAGCGCAAGAGAGGAGAGACAAAAGAAUGCAAGCUUGCAAGAGAGUCUGAAACAAGCGCUUGAGGAUUCGCUCUUGUACGAGUCUUUGUUUCGAAGGAGCAAGUCGAGACUAGUCACUUUGGAGAAAGAGAAAUCGACCAUUCGUGAAAAAGCACUUGAGUUGUAUCAGAAAGCGGAGCUGCAAAAGGCGAAGCCUCUCUUUGAAAUGCUUCUGGAAUUGAAUUCGAGUGACCAGGAAGCACUUGCCUGUUACCAACAGAUUCUCCAGUCUGAGACAAUUUUGAAUGAUCAAAGAAAGAGAAUCUUAACGAAGACAAGUCAAUAUACACUUCAGGAAAAUGAGGUUUCAGAUGCGCUUCUGACCAAAGUUUGGGAUGGGUAUGAGAAGGCCAUGAAGUUGCUGAAAGAAAAAGUGCAAGAAACGUAUCUGGAGGAUGCGUUAAACGAACUGUCACCUCAGCUAGAAGAGUUGCAAGAGCAACAAGCGAACAAAAACAUUCAGAGCGACGGGCCAGACUGCUUGUGGCAGGGAAGCGUGUCGAGCGAUCCGACGACCAUACGGAAGCACAAGGGGCAAACUCAAACUCUUCUGACCCUGAGCAUCGAGCCAACCCACCGCCCCUUGUCGAGGCAGCGAGAGGAAGCAGCUUCCAUUCAAGUUCCCGAGCGUUCGGCGCCGCUCACUGGGACCCCAAUGAUGACUCGUCGUUCUCCAAGGUCACUGCACUUACCUUCCCGUGCCGGUGCCAGCUCCUUAUUGUCCUCCUCUCUUCAGGUCUACGGCGACCUCGUCCUCGAACUCUCUCGUAUCCGUGCGCAACGCAGCCCCGAGCAGACGAGAGAGGUCGAAGGCUUCCCAGCGACAUCAGCUGUGCUCGGAUCACUCCUCGCCGUCGAGUUUGACAAGGGGAGAGCAAGCGUUCAAAGGCGAUGGGACGAAGCUCCUGUCGUCUUCCGAGAUCCUCGCUUUGACCAAACCACUGAGGCAAACUUGAAUGAUGAGGGAUGGGCCAAACUGAGAGUAAAACAAUGA